AUUCUUCUGGUAAAUGCUGAUUGUGAAAUGUGGUUGGACGCAUAUCUAUCUGAGCCUUUCCAUGGUUCAAGGUUUGCUAGUAUGUACACGUGAUUGUCAUAUAUGAUAACAAUAUGGGUGAAUUUUCUAUGCACUUCCAUUUAUGCUGUGCUCUUCAAAAUUGUUCGCAAUCGAUUUCGAUUUACAAUUUUCCGCUUUAUCGUUGGGUGUAAAUGUUUGAAACACCAAACCAAGCCAAUUCAACAACAUGACAAAAACCAAACCAUACAAACUGAUGCAUUUAAUAGUCUAAUGUUGUACAGUAUACUGGUAGUUUUUUAUGGCUGCUGUUUCAUCUGGCCUGGCGCUCACAUUGCUACGUUUCAGUUUUCAUUUAUUUUUUGAAGCUGUUGAUGGCACGGACCUACUGUUAUACUGUUCAUUGUUGCCAUUGUAAUCUUCUUUGUGUAUAUGCUUGUAGUUACCUUUCACAUAGAGAAUGAUGCUCUUGGCUUUUUGCGGGAGUGAUGUUCGCGUGUACGAUUCGAGUAUAUAAACACCAAAGAUUGGUGCGAUGAACUUAGUAAGCUGGAAACAUCAUAAAGAACUCAGUUAAACUCAAUUUGUUUACUAUAUAUCGACUGAACUAUAUCGAAGUUGAAAUAAAAGUGUCGACGGUAAAGAUUUUGGAUAUAUUACCCGCUGGUUUUCUUUGAGUUAUUUGAUUCAACUUUUCUCGUUAGCGAAGUUUAUAUAGAAUAAAAUCGUUAAAUAAUAAAAUUCAGUAAUUGGUUCGGUUUGGAGUAUUUUGAUUCAAAAAUGAAACAGUUUUUGUGUUUGCUUACAUUUGUUGUUUACGUGACAGCUGAUAUUGGUCUAACCGGACAAAAUCAAUACUUGCCACCAAAUAAAGGUUAUAAUUAUGAACGGCCGAAUGUUCCAUUUGGAUCGGCUCCAGCCCCACAAACAGUGAUACCAUCCAGACCAUUACCACCACCGUCACCCAACCCUGGCUAUCUUCCUCCAGCUGGACCAGCUGGGCCUGGUGACCAUCAUCACCAUCAUGAACCGGGAAUGCCAUUUGAAUUCAAUUAUGCUGUGAGUGAUUAUCCGUCAGCAAAUCAACAAUCGCAUAAAGCGGCUAGUGAUGGUGAUGUAACACGCGGAGAAUACCGCGUGAAUCUACCUGACGGCAGAACACAAAUUGUUCGGUAUACGGCCGACUGGAAAAACGGAUACAAUGCAGAGGUAUCGUACGAGGGUGAAGCCCAUUAUCCUCCACCGAAUCCUCCUCAAGGCCUCUAUGGGCCUCCAAGCAACAAUGCUCAAAAUCAAGGAUAUAUUUAUUAGAAAUUACAGAAACAGGAAAACCCAUCUCUCACAUUAAUAAAUGAAUAAAAUGAAUGUAAUGCAAA